UGGUGAUGGCUUUGAGUAGUUCCAGUUCUGGAAAGAUGGCUCCAAUCCAAUUCAUGGCCUGCAAAUCUCUCGCUUCACACAGUCACAGGUUUCGUAACUUCUCCACUAUCUCUUCCAAUUGCAAUGCUUCCACAAUUUCCCGGACGACGUAUCCAAUGGCGUCUACAUUUCGGCCAACAGUAGUACACCGCUCGAUAUCAGUCGCCUCCCGUUCUGUGUCGGUCGCCAGCAGUUUCACUUGGGACGACGUUCUCCGCAUUUCUUUACCAGAAAUCUAUCAGGAUGAUCCUUCAGAUCUCACAGGCUAUUUCGAGAAGGUCAAGCUCUGCAAUCGUGGAUCAGAUAUGCAAUCUGAAUUUCUUCCGUUUGUCGUCGAUGAUCAAAUUGUUGGCUACGUGCACCACGGUUUCGCUGAACACCUGAAGCAAUAUGCGAAUGUGUUUACCUUCUCCGGGGAUGAUUCUGUUCAAUUUCGCGCUUACUUAACCUUGCAUGAAUCGUUGAAAACACCCGAAGAUAGGACACAAGCAGUUGGAGAUGUAGUCAAAUGCUUGGGUGAAGAAAUUAUUCCAGGUACACGGAACGAGCUAUACCCUGUUACAUCGUCCUUUGGUGCGCCAAACUUUUUCUCUCUCGAACGUGCUGCAGCUCCUUAUUUUGGAAUAAAGGUUUAUGGAGUUCAUAUGAAUGGUUAUGUUGAGAAGGAGGGAAAGAAGUUUUUGUGGGUAGCAAAAAGAAGUCAAACGAAGCAAACCUUUCCUGGAAUGCUGGAUCAUUUAGUAGCUGGAGGGCUGCCUCAGGGCAUCCCUUGUGUUGAGAAUCUAAUGAAGGAAUGUGAGGAGGAAGCAUGCAUACCGAGAUCAUUAUCAAAUGAGGCCAUACCAGUUGGUGCCGUUUCAUAUUCAGACAUUAAAGGUCACACUUACAAGAGAGAUGUUCAAUUCUGUUACGAUUUAAAGCUUCCUGAAAGCUUUAUACCAGAGAAUCAAGAUGGUGAGGUUGAAGGAUUCAUGUUGUUGCCUGUCACAAAUGUUGCAAAUGUGAUACGGAGGACGCAGUUAUUCAAGCCUAAUUGUUCUCUUGUCAUCAUUGAUUUCCUAUUUCGACAUGGGUACAUUUAUCCCGAAAGUUCAGGGUACCUGGAGUUACUGCAGAGCUUGAGAAGUGGAACCUGUUUCUAAAUAAAAUCAUUCGCCGGCCUACUUAUUGAUGAGAGAAAUCAGGUUACAUAUUGAACUCGGAUGGUGUACAUUGCUUAUUUUUUCCCCAGAAUUUUCUUGCUUAUGAGAUGUAUUUCUAUUUGUGAAGCCAAACAAACUAACUUACCUGGCUGUGUAGUAUAGAAUAGUUCCAUCUUUUGAACUUGAAACAAACUCCGAGAGACUAAGCUUGGUAGAUCUAUUGGAUGAAAA